AUGCGUGUCUCCAGCGUGAGGUCCGUGUGGACUGCUCUUACGGUUGCCCUGCUUGCAACCUGCGUCGCUGCCCACUGCCGCAAGCCCAUUGUUAGAAGGGAAUGGCGCACACUGAGCGUACAAAAUCGCUUGAAGUAUCUCGGUGCUCUCAAGUGUCUUAUGAAGAAGCCCCCUCAAACAUCGGAAGAUGUUAUCCCUGGCGUUCGCAGCCGAUAUGAUGACUUCCUUGGCACACACAUUAUCAAUGCCGACAACGUUCACUUCGUUGGCGUCUUCUACCCGUACCACCGCCUGCUCCUCCACUCAUUUGAAGAGGCGCUCAGCACCUGCGGUUGGAAAGAUGGCAUCCCCUACUGGGACUGGGUCAAGGACUCACCCGGGCUUGACAACGUGACUGAUGUGUUCUUCAAAUCCCCCAUCUUCGACACCAAGCACGGCUUCGGUGGCAACGGACCCUGGAUCCCAGGAAACUUCGCCAACCCAGCUCCCGGCCAGACUGUGAACACGCCCUGGGACGUCCCCGACCGGACUGGCGGCGGCUGCAUCCAGGACGGACCCUUUGCCGGCCUCAUGACCAACCUCGGCCCUUCGAACAAAACUGACUACAACCCGCACUGUGUUCAGCGCGAUUUCGCACCUCUCACCUUCGCAUCCAUGUCCGGCCCGCUGAGCGUCGCGACCGGCCUGGCCCUCCCAAACUUCGGCUGGUUUGACAGGAUUACCGAAAGCAGCUUCCACGCUGGCGGUCACUGGGCCGUCGGUGGACUCUACGGAACCAUGACUGACAAGUGGGCAAGCCCCGCCGACCCCAUCUUCUGGUCUCACCACGCCAACCUUGACCGCGCCUGGUGGUCGUGGCAGAAGCGCAAUCUCAGGAAGCGCCUGACCGAUGUCUCUGGACCCCUGGUCAACUUUGACUGGACCAACCAGCUCGGCGGCAACAUCACCCUCGACCAUACCAUUACUGUUGGCGAGACGGUCAAGCUGCAGGCCAAGGUGCAUGAUGUGAUGCAUAUCCAGGAGGGGCCUCUGUGUUAUGAAUACGAUAAGCUGUACUAG